AUGGUGGACAUGACGAUACGCCUCAAUGGCUUGACUGGCAACAGCUCCAACGGCCUUGGCAUCUCGCUCCAACCCACAGACCCGUCGAUUCAUGGAUCGUCUUCCGACGUAAGACUUAUGUCGACCAAGAUCUUAGAUAUCAUUCACGAACAUGCCCUCAACAAGUUCGAUGAUUCGAAAGAGCGCCUAGCGGCAGGAACCGCGAACUUCCUGUCCGUAAUCGACCGAUUCGUUCUGGCGGGUGAGCGUGUUGAAGCAUGCUUGCCGGCCUUCCCUUUCAAGUCGGCCAACAAGGUUCACAAGGUGCUUGGCUCCCUUCCGGAUAAGGCUGAAGAGCUAGCGCUUCAGCGGCUGAACCACAUGUGCGCAAGGAUCAAGGAUGUGUACAAGCCCGGAGCAAGAGUCACCAUCAUAUCCGAUGGUAUCACUUACAACGACUUGUUAUCAAUAUCCGACCGCGAAACAUGGAUCUAUGGCGAGGCUUUGCGGCAGAUGGCAGUGGAGAAGAAGUUCACGUACGUUGCCUUCUCUCGCCUGAAGGAUAUACUAGACCUUCCACUCCCAGACAAGUUGCGAGAGAUCACCUAUGUCGCCAAUUGUACCAACUUCAGGCGACUGCUUUUGAACAAGCACGGAAGGCCGGAUAUCGAUAUCGACAAAGAGAUCAAAGAGAAUGCGGAUACGAGACUCACUUAUCUCGGCUACCGCAAGUUUCUCGAGUCUGAUCUGAAACACAUAUUCGUACUUGGAGAGAACCGCGGUAGCAAUCAAUACAAGAGGGACGUCAAGUAUCUCGCCAAGCAGAUGCUGUACAGAGGAUACGCUUAUGCGGGAGCUGUCAAGGCAGCCUUCCCAAACCAUCUGAGGUUGUCGAUACACGAAUCGAUAGGCGACCACAAGAUUUCGAUAAGCCUCCUUAACACCAAAACAGGCUACACCACACCAUGGCACUGCAGCGUAGCCAUGCUAGCCGAUGGAGAAUGGGUGAGCGCUCCCAAGGGCGAGUUCGAAAAGGACCAGCGGCUCGAGCUGAUAUACGAGAAUGGUCGGCCAAGCUACUUCAAAGAGAGGAAACUGCAACAAGCGGAUAUGCCAUGGAUCAAUGAGGCAAAUACCAGCUAUCUGCAGGCUCGCAGCCUGUUUAAUGGCACAAAGAGCGGAUAUUCAUCACCGAGCGCGAUGUCAAUGGUUAGUGGCGCGUCGACUCCACCGACGUCUUUCGCACAAUCGCCGCCACGUUCUCCACCACGCUCUUCACCAAAGAUGAAGUCCUCGGAGGCAUCAUAUAGAAACAGCACCGAAGAAGAGCCGGCCUAUGGCCGCCGUCUUAUACCUCAGAUCAUGGACCAAGUCGCGAAAACUUAUCCCAACCGUGUCGUCUUUUCCAUCGCAAAACCUUUUGGUGCAGGUCUGACAUUCCGAGAUAUAUCGGCGCGUGCGUUUGCGAAUGCCGUAGACAAGACAGCCUGGUGGCUUCACGGCCAGAUUGGCGAGUCGACAUCGGUUCGGCCAGUAGGCUAUAUCGGGCCACACGACCUCCGACAUGUCCUCCUUACAUACGCGUGCGUCAAGGUGGGCUACGCCGCACUCAAUCUUUCGCCCAAAAACAGUGUUGAAGGCGCCUUGGCCGUGCUUGAAGCAACUGACUGCGAGAUCUGGGCCAAAGCAGGCGAAGUGCAGGCAGUACCUCUGGUGAAGAACUUCCUGGAGAGACGUUCGAUGAAGUUGUUGGAGUUACCAGUUUUGGAUGACCUCUUGGAUGCCGAUGACACCAAGCCCUUUCCCUACAACAAGUCGUUUGAUGCGGCGGCCUCAGAUCCCUUCUGUUAUCUUCACACAUCGGGUUCGACGGGUGUGCCAAAACCUAUUCCAUGGUCUCACAGUCUGAUUGGGACGAUGGAUGCGAUUCGCCUACUUCCACCUGUUGACGGUGAUGAGGGAAUGGUACCGUGGACGUCGGACUGGAAGGAAGGAGACCGGAUUUACUCUUCCUUUCCCAUGUGUCACGGCGCUGGCAUCAUCAUGAACAUACUGAUGCCCAUAUUCUUCGGUCUGCAGGUUGUCAUGGGGCCGACAAACGUUAUACCCAACAUGUCGCUGGUAGAUAACCUCGCAGAUAGCGCGAAGAUAGACAUCUGGAGUAUGGUACCAUCACUCGUCGAUGAGCUUGGAGAUACGCCUGAUGUGCUGGCCAAGCUCCAUGCAUCUAAGUUCAUCUGCGCUUCCGGUGGCCCAGUCAGUCCAAUCAGUGCUGGCAAAGUUAACGACGUCAUCAGAGUGCUCAACUUGACGGGAACGACGGAGGGUCUCUUCAUCGGCAACCUGGUCGUUGACAGGGAGGACUGGUUCUGGUUCGCCUUCCAUCCGUACUCCGGAUUCGAGUUCAAGGAAGUAGAGCCUGGUAUCUACGAGCAUUGGGUGCACCGCAACGAACAUUCGUCGUUGUUUCAAGGCAUCUUCCAUACAUUCCCAGACCAGACAUCUAUCAACUUCAAAGACCUCUACAAGCAGCACCCUACCAAACCCAAUCUUUGGGCCUUUACAGGACGCAAUGACGAUCUAAUCGUUCUGUCCAAUGGCUACAAGAUCUUACCAUUGGAGUUCGAGGCACUGGUUGGAACACACCCCGCGAUUGAAGGCUGUCUUGUUGUAGGGAGCCACAAGCGCCAGGCAAGCCUUCUCAUUGAGUUGAAGGAUACUGCGGCCAAGAGCGAUGAAAUCAUGGACAGUAUCUGGGCUACGAUUGAAACGAGUAUGUCGGCAGCUCGACACACAGUCAAUUUGACACGCGACUACGUCAUUUUCGCGCAACCAGCUAAACCCUUCGUCCGGACAGAUAAAGGGACCGUCAAGAGGAAAGCAACAAUGGCGUUAUAUAACGACUACGUCGAGCGGUUUUACAAUUUCCAGAACGAAGAGAGGUCUUUCAUAGUUGAUAGUAGCUCCACAUCAACGUUGCAGCAGUCAGUCCGAGAGAUACUCACAUCCUCUCUUCCAGCCAUCUCCAAUGCCACUCCAGACGAUGACCUGUUCGCUCUCGGUCUAGAUUCAUUGGGAGUGUCUGCGGCCGUUAAUGCCAUUCGAACAGCUAUCACGGGGCUGAACAAACUUGCGCCCCGUCAUCUCUACGCCAAUCCAACCCUGGCCAAUUUCACCGCCGCUCUAGAGCCAAUGAUCGCUGGAACGAAGAAUGUUGCCAGGUCAGAUGACGAUCAAGAAUCAAAACUGCAGCGCAUGGUCGCUCAGCGAAGAGCGUGGCAGUCCUUCCGGCUGAAUCCUUUCGACUACGUCAAUCCAAAUCACUACAUGGGCCUAGUGUUUUACUUUCCUCUAAAAGGAGACGCAACCUUCCAAGAGACGUUUGCAAACAUGCAAGCAGGACUCAAUCGAACCUUCGAGCUCAUUCCUGCUCUUGGUGGCAAGAUGAUCCGAUCGUCCAAAGACGAGAUUGCAUAUGCGAAUGGCGACCUCAUCGUUUCCGUGCCACCCUUUGGCCAACCGGCUCGCGACCGGCUUGUGUACAAGGAUCUAUCUGAUGUGCUUCCGACAUUCGAGACCCUACGAGAAGGUGGGUUCGUGCCUUCAGCCUUCAAGGAUGAGUUGGUCCUGCGACAAGAUACCUUCCCGCAGCUACCCGCAGACAUUUUUGUCGCGCAAGCCAACUUCAUCAAAGGCGGUUGCAUCCUCGCUAUUGACCUCAACCACUGCUGUCUUGAUGGCGUAGGUGCGAUCAUCGCAAUUAAGGCAUGGGCCGAGAACUGCAGGUACCUGCAAGGGGACUCGUCAGCAACGUGUGCGUGGUACGAUGCGGAGAGCUUCAAUCACAGCCUUCCCGAAGUACUGCACGAUCUGGAGGGACAUGCGCGUUCAGUAGAUGAGAUCGACCCUGAUGUCUGGGGCUUACUUCCAUUUCUUCCCCCGGACGAUGUCAUUGCGAGGCAUGCCUCCAGGCCAGCAGGGCCUCUGGGCCGACCACCACAAUACCCGCUGCACUCGAUAUGGCCUUUGACGGCUGCAGAGAGGAAGAUGGAUACUACCCUGUUCCUGAUCCCACCCGAGAAGGUCGAGCUGCUCAAAGCGGACGUCACAAGCGAUCCGGCUGCUAACGGCAUCACUACGUCCAUUAGCGAUAUGGUACAAGCCUUCUUCUGGCGCUCCGCAUUACGAGCUCGCUACGCUGUAGCCAAGGCCGAUGGUCGACAGUUCAGCCCCGACGACUGCUCCAUUCUCGAGUUGCCAACGGACGGACGACCAUACUUCUCCUCCCUCUUACCCGACUCGUACAUGGGCAGUCUGCUCACGCUCAACCGAACGAGCAUGCCAGUAGAAGAACUUUGCGCCUCCACCACGAGCAUUGCAAGUAUCGCGCAGAUGCUACGCGCGUCUGCUGCGCGCAUGACACCGGCACUGAUACACGACGCUUUCACCCUCUUGCAGUCACUGCCAGAUCACAGCAGGUUCUCCACAGCCAACAUGGGUCUUGACCACAUGCACGCCAUGAUCUCGAACAUGAUCCUCUUCCAGAUGAACGAAAUCAGCUUUGGUGAUACCUACUUCGCCAACGGAGGUUCGCCGGAGACCAUGAGACCGCAGCUGGAACGCGGCAGUGGGCGCUUUAGGUUCCUAGUGGUUUUCCCACUGAAGGCCAAUGGUGGCGUGGAGUUGGUGUUGGGGACGUUCCCCGAGGAGCGGGACAUGCUUGCACGUGAUGAGGAGUUUACAAGAUAUGCGCAAUUGUGUCACCUUGGAAUGCAGCAUCAAUGCCAGAAAGACGCGGAUGCACUCACCGCCCAGCGCUAUGACAUUGGUGAGCAGAUCCAUGCAACAGUUUUCAGCAGUACAAUGCAGCCCCCAAAUGCAUGUCAGCUGUGCAUCUUGUACCCCCACUCUUGCGCAUCAGCAAGGUUCAGGGUUUCGGGCCAUAAUGAUCGCAAAUAUGCUCUUCGCCCAGCCGCUUGUGCCACCUGCAUGUCAUGCUCGUGGUGUGACGUCUACUCGGUGAAGGUGUCAAGUCAGCUUAGCACAAGAGAUCGUGGCUUGCUCACUCGCAUAUCCAGUAUCGACGACACCCACUUUCAACAUCAGGAAGACCCACCAGCCAAUCAUGACGUCUCCUUCACCGCAACCCAACCAGGCGUUCUCGCCAUUGAAGCUACAACAGAAGAAUGGACAGGGCACUCCCUCACAACAGCCUACAUAAUGAUCUGGCUUAUCUACUUCGUCGAAACGCUGCUCGCCGGCACCACAGCAGCGCUCAUACCAUACGUCACAUCGGCCUUCUCCAUGCAUUCGCUCACGCCCACCGUCAGCAUCCUUAGCAACGUCGUUGGCGGCGUCACCAACCUGACAAUCGCAAAGAUCAUCGAUGUCUUCGGGCGACCGCAUGGUUUCAUUCUUUGCGUGUGUCUCGGGACGCUGGGGUUGCUCACGAUGACGGUAUGCGAGGGCGUGGGAAUGUACGCUGCGGCUAUGAUCUUUCAUAUCGUGGGAAACAACGGGGUGCAGUAUAUACUGUCGGUGUUCAUUGCUGAUACGACGAAAUUGGAGACCAGGGCGCUGAUGCAGGCGCUUAUGAACUCGACUGGUCUGAUCACAGGAUGGGUUGCUGGGCCUCUGGCGCAAGGGUACCUUCGUGGCUUGGGAUGGAGGUGGGCGUUUGGUAUGUUUGGUGCGCUUCUUCCGCUUGUGACGCUGCCGUUCUUUGGGCUGCUGAUGUGGACCUAUAAGAAAGCGAAGAGAAUGGAAAUUGUGCGCGAGCGCAAGAGCGGCCGCGAUGUGUUGCAGUCUGUGAUACACUACAGCCGCGAGUUUGAUGCGCUCGGCUUGUGCUUAGUCUCGGUGGGCGUUACUCUUUGCCUGCUGCCGUUUAAUCUUCACACGCUGGCGGGGCAAGGUUGGUCAUUAUCGAUCAUAGUCGGCAUGCUCGUACUUGGCCUCUGCUUCAUUUUCGCAUUCGUAUUGUGGGAAAGGGAUUUUGCGACAAUCCCUCUCCUUCCAUACAACUUGAUCUUGGAUCGAACCGUCUUGGGCGCAUGUCUACUAUGCACAUGUCUUUUCGGAAGCUUUGCCGUAUGGAACAGUUAUUUCGGCUCUUACCUACAGGUAGUGCAAGGUCUCGGCGUGGAAGAGGCAAGCUAUGUCGCGCAGACAUAUACCGUGGUCAGCGUAGUAUGCGCCGUCUUCGCUGGCUACUUAAUUCAUCGAACCGGUCGCUUCAAGCGUAUGUCGCUCGUCGUCGGUAUCCCGCUCAGCAUGUUGGGCCAGGGUCUCAUGAUCUUCUUUCUCGCUCCUGGAAACAUCAGCUACAUCGUGAUGUGCUCCCUCUUGGUCGCCAUAUCGCAGGGCGUUCUCGUCGUCACUGAUGAGAUCGCUAUCCUCGCCGCAGGGUCGCGCGAGCACGUCGCUGCAAUGCUCGCCAUCGUCAGCAUCUUCGGCAACAUCGGCGGUGCUAUUGGUCUGACUCUGGCCACCUCAAUUUGGUCGGACACACUUCCUAACCGACUGCGGCAAUACCUGCCCGAAGAGACGUUAUCAGAUCUUCACAAGAUUUUUGGCGACAUGACCAAGCAGCUGUCUUAUCCGAUCGGUUCGCUGACGCGCAUUGCGAUUCAGCAUGCAUAUGAAGACGCGAUGUCUCGACUUCUACUCGUGAGUGCCGGUAUUUGGAUAUUCGGGGUUUUCGGAGUGUUGAUGUGGCGGAACAUCAAUGUGAAGCUUGUUCAGCAAGACAAGGGCCAUGUCUGUUUGAGCCUGUCGAAUGAGACUGCGCUUCACCGAGGGCGACAUAUACGUUUCUGUAACUUCUGCUGUUGCAAGGCGUGGAGCAACAAGCGUCCGCUCUGCCGUACCCGUUGGUUCAGCACUAUCCGAGAUAUCCCGGCGAGUGUUCUUCUGGAGAUCAUUCUUACAAUGCAGGAGCCAACUGGGGAGAAUCGCGAAGCGGAUUGGGCUUCAAGGCCAUUCGAGGAUCCGUAUAGCUUUGUCGAAGAUACCCUGUCCGCGGACAUACCUGAAAUUAGCCGUAUCGCAGCUUCUGAGACUGUGCGCACGGAUCGUGUUCAUUUCAUCUAUCACCCAAGCGAGGCAGUAGAAUCUCCAUGGCCGCAGCGUCGGCGAAGAUUGGGUACGGCAGUGAGGGAUACGAUUGCGCGACUGCUCGGCAGAAGAGACGGAGAUGAACGUAGCAACCAAGCAGAUACACCGCAAGCUGCAAGACCCGAAGGCGUUGAAGGACACAAAAGAGCAUGUCUUUUUGGGUGGUCUGCGGCGGAGUAG